GGCUCCUUCCAAUCUUCAGCUGCAAGUAAUCCGGACACUCUUCUUGCUUCAACUCGUUUGCUCGCAGAUGCAUUGCGCUCCACCUUCCCUAGUGUCUUAGUAUUACCUGUUUUGGGUGGCUAUCAGGUGAUACCAGCUAAUCGAUUGGGCCUGGCAUCGGAAGACCGUCGUCGCCAGGACUGGUGUUCUCGCCUCGCCGAAAUAUGGGUUGACUGGGUGUCUGACAACGAGGUAACAUCUUCCCUACCGAUACCUCCUAUCAGCUCGUUCAAAAAAGGUGAGCAGUAUUUUGUAGCAUUGCGGCUAGAUAAAGACAAAAAAUGCAAUGUCCAAGUACCCAAUAUUUUAGUUCUAAGUUUAGAAUGUGCUUUGGUCUCCCAUCAAGCAUAA